UCGAUAUUUCCAUUUCUAAUGAAAUCAAUUCUCCGGUUUGGUUCAAAUCACCUUUAAGUGUGCAAAAUAUGAUAUGGAACAGCCAAUGUUUUGUGAAUAGUUCAAAUUUAUACGAAAUGCCAAAUAAGAAAUGGAAGUUGAUGUACAUCCAAAACCAACUUCAACAUCCAGAGUUGACCAAAGUUCUUGAAAAUAUAGUAGAAAAUGCUGUUACUGAUGGAUUUGCUAAAAAUAUUACUGGAAAAGUGAGAUUUACAGGAGCAGUUACGUUCGACAACAUCAUAACAACUAAUUACAUAAAUAACGUAAACUUGGAUUAUAUUGCGCAAGACGCUUUAUUCAAACAUUCCUCAGACGUUAAGCACAUUAGCUGUUCCAAAACUUUUAUUAGCCCUACAGUAUUGUCACAAGGUGAAGUAUUGGGUGACUUUGAUGCAUUUAUCAUCAAUGGUGUUAAAAUCGAUGAAUUGAAUGAAAGUCUUGUUUGGAAAAAUGAAGAUGCUGUCAUAACAGGCAGCAAGAUUUUGAAACAAAACGUGUUUGUUGACGAUUUGAUAGUUGAAGGUUUGGUCAAUAGUGUUGCAGUAAAUGAUGUGGUUUUCUUCGAAAAUGAUCGUCCAAUUCCUAAUAUUGUAUUCAAUACUUUGCAUAUAAAAGAUAAUUUGCAAGUACAGGAUAUAAAUGGGCGUAAUUUGGAUGAAUUUUUGUCUAAAAGAGUACGUUUACGAGGCGAUGCCCAAAAUGUAUCAGCACACGUCCAAUUCGCAAAAUUAAAUAUAGCAGGGCCUUCUUUUGUGUCAAAAAUAAACAAUAUAUCUUUGGAUGAAGUCGUUUUUACUGAUGUAGCAACGUCGGACACCAUUACUGGAAUGAAAGUGUUCGAGAAGGGUUUAAAAGUCUAUGGAGAUAUUUCCGCAAAAUUUCUGAACGAUUUUCAUUUGCAAACUACGUAUUCCAAUAGUAUUAGGAAAAAUAAAGAUUAUUAUAUAUCACAUGUGGUAUUUAAUAAUCCAGUACAGCUAUUAAAUGGCUUAUAUGCUCAUGCCUAUGAGAAUCAAACCUGGUUAAACUUCUACGCGAAACCUUUCCUGGACAAUACAUUUGCCCAAGAGAUGGACACGAAAUUAAAUUACACCUUCAACAGCAUUAAACCGUAUUAUCAUUAUUUGUACUUGGAGCCAUCAGAAAUACGGAUACUAGAACCGCCAUCCAAAAAAGUCGAGACUAUCAGGCCAGGAUUUUUACAACUUUCGAAUGAUGUAUCAGGAGAAGUCUGUUAUUUGCCACAAUUUUGUCCUUGCUCUGUACAAUACACAGUAGAUAUACCAAAUCAGCGUUCUAUCUCUAUUUUGCCUGGAAAUGCUACACACAGAGUAUUUUCCUAUCAUGAUGAUGGUAUAGGUAUCAAUAUUUUUACGAAUUCAAUUAGCACGAGUGCAUUUUGCAGUACUGCUAAUGAAGAAUUAACUUACGUUACUUGGAUGGAACCACAACGCGAAACACCUGACAGUACACCUAUAGGUGAUAUUACUAUUGACCAAAAAUAUUACAAUGGAUAUUUGAGUGAUGCAAAAUUCUUCAGAGAUCGUAGUAGUCGUAUAUUUCUCGUACUGGCAAUGUAUUAUGAUAAAUCAUCUGAUUCUCAUGAUAUCGAUUCCUUGUUACUCGAAUUGAACAUGACAACGAGGGAAACACACAUAGUUCAGUAUAUUUCAACAAGAUCUGCAACGACCUUAGAACUUCUGCAGAGUCCUUUUGGGACACAUCUUGUAAUCUGCAACGCUGUGCAAAAUGAGGACAUUCAAGCAUAUUUUGAAAUAAUGAAAUACGACCAAGAAAACUAUCAGUUCAAACCAGUACGUACAGUUUCGACAGAAGGUUGUGGCUUGAUGGCUAGCGCAGUUUUUGGAAAAGAGCAAUUUAUUUUUGUGGGCGACGAGAAUUAUAAAAUUCUUAGAAUUAAUCGUUACAUAGAACAGCUGGAUAUGUUCCAUUAUUUCCAGAGCUUUAUAUAUGAGUCAUAUUUGCGUGGAUUGCAUAUUUUCUACCCUCAAAAUUCCAAAAAAGGUGAAGUAUUAUUAUGUGUGACCACAGAUAAUGGAAACUUUUAUAUUUAUGAUUAUACAUACAUUGAGGGUUGGAAGCAAAUAUCAACAGGAUAUCUAAGAAAUGUCCAUGAUGUUACACACUUCCAAUUAAAUCAUGAAGAAUUUCUGUUCAUGUCAUCCACAUACAAAAAUAUGGUCUUCAGGAUAAUCAGACAAGGAAUACCUUAA